AUGGCGGGGGCGGCGAUUGGCAGCGCGGGGGUGGCGGGCUUUCUCAGGUCCCCCUUCCUGGUGGGCGGCGCCGCCGUUGAGUACAGCCAGCAUCUGGGGUCGGCGGCGGCCCCCGCCGCCAGGUGCAGGAGGAGGAGCAGGAACGCGGCGGCGGGCGGCGUCAGGGCUUCUCUGCUGGGAGAAUGCGCGGGGAUGAUCAGCGGGAUCGUCGAUCACCAUCGAGAGCUCUUCCUGGGGGUCGGUGUGGGCCUGCCCUGCACGGUGAUGGAGUGCGGGGACAUCAUCUACCGGAGCAGCCUCCCCCGGCCGAGCGGGCUCACCCUCACGGCCCCCGGCGUGGCCCUCGCCCUCGCCACUGUCUCCUACCUCUGGGCCACCCCGGGAGUGGCCCCCGGCUUCUUCGACAUGUUCGUGCUCGCCUUCGUCGAGCGCCUCUUCCGCCCCACCUUCCGCAAGGUCGGAAUAUCUCUCACCAAUGGGUUGAAGAAGAAGAGCUUCGGCCAGUGCGCUUCCUGAGGAGCGAGUUUCUCACCGUGGGGUUUUGUUCCUCGAUCAGGAGGAUUUCACGCUGGGGAAGAAGCUCGGGGAGGGCGCCUUUGGGAUCGUCUACAAGGUUUCGGCGGAUAACUCCGACAAGCCCUCCAUGGUAAAUCCAUACAUAUACUCACUUUUGGCUGCCCCCACCCACCGUCGUUGCACUGUGUGGUUCUUCCAGCUCCCUUACGUUCCUCGAAAGAAAAAUACACUUCGGUUAUCCAUCCUACUGUGAAUGCCCUCCUCGCGUGGAGAUGGCCGACGGCUAGCUUAGGAGCUCCGCGAUUUGUCGAUUCUCAUCGGAGGGAAUGGGGGCGUAUCAGUUUCCUCUCUCCCCUUCUUCUGCAUCUCUCUAGUGGCGGUAGCGGCUGAGCAGGAAGCCGGGCGAACUACUUCGUUUUUGGCAUUGACAGCGUUCGUCUUUGAUUGCUGAAGCAAGGUGACCUGGUCUUGAAGAAGGCCACCGAAUAUGGCGCGGUGGAGAUCUGGAUGAACGAGCGAGUGAGGAGGGCGUGCGCCGGCAGCUGUCCGGACUUCGUCUAUGGCUUCCUCGAGGUGUUCCUCUCUCUCUCUCUCUCUCUCUCAUCCUUGUGAUGUGUUAUCUGUUUUCAAGGUGCUGACUGGAUUGGUAUCAUUUUCUAGACCUCCAAGGUGAAGGGCGGUGACGAGUACUGGCUCAUAUGGCAGUACGAGGGGGAGGCGACCCUCGCGGACCUCCUCCUCAGCAAGGAAUUCCCCUACAAUGUCAGUCUUCGCUGUCAAUCCCGCGACUGCCGACUUUUAUCCUUCCAUUGGAUUCAUUCUUGCAACUCGCCAUUACAGCAAGAUGGAGUUUUGGGAAGAAAAAUGACCUCGCCAUUACAAACCCACCCAUUAAUUGCUCUAAUUUCUCUAGAUUUCUGUUGGAUCCAUCUGCGAAAAUUCUGUUUUUCUCUGCACGCAUGUUCUUCCGGUCUUAUCCUGAGAGAGAUGCCUGCUCCCGUGAAAGCAGCUUCCUGGUUGCAAGAGUGGGAGGCUGAGCAGCCGGGUUGAUGGUGCCCAUACGAUUGGGCUCGCGUGAAUCUUGACCAUUUUUUUUGUGGAUUUUUUUUUUUCCUUUUCUGCGUGGACUUCUGAUCGUUCCUCGAAGGCAGACCAGGGGUAUUCAGUUCCUGUUGGGACCUCCCCCCCUUUCCCUUUCCCUGUCUGAUGCUAGCACGAAUUGACGAGGAAAUGGAUGAUCUAGGUGGAGACGAUGAUCCUCGGGGAGGUCCAGAACAAGCCCAAGGGACUGGACAGGGAGAACAAGAUCAUUCAGACGAUCAUGAGGCAGCUCCUCUUUGCCCUGGACGGACUGCACUCCACCGGAAUCGUGCAUAGAGAUAUCAAGCCCCAGAACGUCAUCUUCUCCGAGGGUAAGCCCACCCCCAGUGACGCUCCCAUGGAAGCUCUUUUUUAUCUGUCGUAAGCUCCCGCGUCCUCAGGAACCCGCACCUUCAAGAUCAUCGACCUCGGCGCCGCGGCAGAUCUGCGAGUCGGCAUCAAUUAUAUCCCCAAGGAGUUCCUUCUUGAUCCCAGGUAAUGAUCUCCUUUCUCGCCCAGAGACCUAUCUUUUCUGUAUGUAGCCCACAAAUAUCUAUCUACCCUUCUUCCAUGCGAAGAACACCACAUCCGUCGCCAAGAACAAUUUGUUUAGGCCGUCCAACCUUAAUUGCAGCCGCCUGUUAAGUUUUUCUCGUUGAAUUCCAUGGACGCUGCGACUGACCCACAUGGAAAGCUAGAGACUUUGAGAAGGUAGGAGCCUCUCUCUGGCUUGGGCUUGGGAUUGGAUUGACCCAUCUCCCAUUUGCAGGUAUGCGGCGCCGGAGCAGUACAUCAUGAGCACCCAGACCCCGUCGGCUCCUUCCGCUCCGGUGGCUGCUGCACUGUCCCCCGUCCUAUGGCAGGUUGGCUGCCUGUUGAUACGCGCACAGAGAGAGAGAGAGAGAGAGAGAGCUAUUGCUUUCUGUCUCUGACUGACAUGGGUCUUGAUUGAUUGCCUCGGCAGAUGAAUCUGCCCGACAGAUUCGACAUCUACAGCCUGGGACUGAUAUUCCUGCAGAUGGUAGGCGGCGGUCCGGCCGACAGAUGGCUGGCUGAGCUGAGCUGAGCUGAGCUGAGCUUUUGAUCAUAUCGUUUAGCAGAUACAGAUUUUUAAGGCGCGGCGAAGCCUUUUGCUGACCUGACUGCUGCUGUUUUUUUUUCCGGUUUUUGUUUUGGCAAACAGGCCGUUCCUUCCCUGCGAUCGGAUAGCGCCCUGAUACAAUUCAACAGGCAGCUAAAGCGGUGCGACUACGACCUGAACGCCUGGCGUGCCGCGGCGGAAGCUCGUGCCGGCCCGGACCUGCGGCGGGGGUUGGAGCUGCUGGACCUGGACGGGGGGAUCGGCUGGGAGCUACUGACGUCGAUGGUCCGCUACAGGGCGCGGCAGAGGACGAGCGCCAAGGGGGCCCUGGCCCACCCCUACUUCAAGAGGGAGGGGCUCCUGGGCCUCUCCUUCAUGCAGAGCCUCAGGCUGCAGCUCUUCCGUGCCACCCAGAAGGACUACAGCGAGGCCGCCAAGUGGAUCAUCGCCCUUAUGGCCAGGUCCGGCACCGAGAAAGAAGGCGGCUUCACCGAAGCCCAGCUGCAGGACCUCAGAGUCAGUCAACCUAACCCGCUUUGCCCAUUUAUUACUACCUACUACUACUACUACUCUCCGAUCCGAUCAUCCAUCCCCCGCCAUUCACUCGUCCAUCUUUCUGUCGGAUGUGUCGCCUGCAGGAGAUUGCGCCGCGGAAGGGCUCGGCACAGAGGAACGUGCUAGCCUCGGUGCUCCGCCUCCAGAGGAAGAUCUUGAAGACGCUGAACGAGAGCAUGGACGAGCUGAAUAGGCAGAGGAAGAACGUGUGGUGGAGCAGGUGGAUCCCCAGGCAAGAAUGA